GCGGGCCACGGGCAGUCUCCAGCUGAGGUUGACAUCACUAGUUCGCGGAGAGUGCUGCGACACCCAGGACUCGCGCAUAAACGCGACGGCGUGUGUUCGGUCGAGGAGCUGAUAUUAUCUUUGCGCGUUUAUCAAAUCUGAGCGCAUUCUUUUGUUCGGCGCGAAAACAAAGCCCCGCGGUGUGCGCAGGGAGCCUCCAUUGCUCUCUGGGUCGUCGAUACACGAGCACCUAGUGCAGCAUGGCGUUGUUCCUGGGAUUGCCGGAAUGGCUUAUACUCGCAGCGACCGUCUGUGUCCUUUUCUACCUCUAUGCUUCUCGGAAUCGCAACUACUGGAAGAACCAAAACAUUCCAUCAGAGCCAUUUGCCCUCAUAUUUGGUCCUUCGUUGAAGCUUUUCUACAAAUCAAUCCACGACAUUGACGAUGCACGGUAUCGGAAAUAUGGCAAGGUCUUUGGGGCCUUCGAGUCUAACAAGCUCAUACUGUUUGUCGCCGAGCCCGAAUUGGUGAAGCAGGUUCUAGUAAAGGAUUUCCCAUCCCUCCCAAACAGAAGGGCGUUCACGUUUUAUGACCCUUUGCUGGACAACAUGAUGAGCAUCACCCCUGUUGAGCAGUGGAGGAAGAUUCGACCAGCUGCGAGUCCAGCAUUCUCCACUGGGAAGCUGCGAAAGAUGAAUUACUUGAUCGAGGACUGCGCCGUAAUGACUGCGGAACACCUAAAAAAGGCAGCAUCCAAUAAAGAAGACAUCGAUGUCAAACAGUUCUUUGGUCACUACACCCUGGAUGUCAUUGCGAGGUGCGCUUUCGCAACAAGGUUGGACUCGCACUCUGACCAGACCAACGAAUUCGUCACCAAAUCGAGGCAGGCCUUCUCUGGACGCAUAACACCAUGCCUUUUCCUGUUCUUCGCAUUCCCGGCAAUCGCAAAGAUGCUAAGACUUCAGCCCUUCAACUCAGACAUUUUUCUGUACUUCAAGCAGAUAUGUCAAAACAUCAUUAAGGGACGACAGGACAAACAAUCGCGCCACGAAGACUUUCUGCAGUUGAUGAUGGAUGCUCAGGAAGGAAAUCUUGGCUCUACUUCGGAAAAUACCAAUGAGCGUGACAAUGAGCUCUUCAACCUCGGUUCAGACUUGAAGCCAGAUACUUCGUUUUCGUCGAACAAGACAUUGACGGAGGACGAAUCAAUGUCGCAGUGCGUCCUGUUCUUCAUCGCUGGCCAAGACACAACCUCAACUGUCAUCUCGUUCACACUGUACUUGCUAGCCAUCCAUCCCGACGUGCAGGAGAAGCUGAGGGAGGAAGUCGACGAGUGUUUCGAAGUUCACGGUGAACACCCCCACCUGGACGUGGUCACAAAGCUCAAGUACCUUCACUGCGUUGUCUCCGAGUCUCUUCGAAUGUAUCCUCCAGCGACACGAAUUGAGCGAUCCCCAUAUGAAGACUACGUUCUCGGAGACACGGGAGUGAAGGUGAAGAAGGGAGAGCUGGUAGCCAUUCCCGUUUACUCCAUGCACUACGACCCACAGUACUUUCCUGAUCCAUUAAAGUUUGACCCAGAAAGGUUCAGCGACGAGAACGUAGAGUCCAUACAACCGUACACGUACUUGCCGUUUGGAGCCGGGCCCCGCAACUGCAUCGGCAUGAGAUUCGCCCUGCAAGCCGUGAAGCUGUCCAUCCUGUACACCAUCCGCAACGUGAAGGUGGUUCGGACUGAAAAGACAAAAGUGCCUCUGGAAUUCCACAAUGGAUUCAGCGUCCUCACGGCCAAGGACAUCACAUUAGGAAUCCGUCAACGGGGCUAGCAAUUGACUUUUUUUUUUCGUCAAGCGAUUCAUAUUUUCAUAGCGGGGAACCGGAUGUUCCAACGGCUCCAUCCAUUUGUACAGUAGAAAAAAAACAGUUUUCGCCUUGAGCAAUGAAUAUUAUUUGUGCAACACGAAGCCAUUGGGCAAAAAAAAAAAAAAAAUGACAGCCUAGAGUAGUUGUUGCAUGUUUUUUUUGCGUUUAUGAGGAAAUUUCCGUAUGUUUUCAUUCUUGUUUCCUCCGCUUCAUCUUUAAUACUUGAAUGCCCUUAGUCCCUUACCCAAAAAGGGAUCCGAAAGCCGGAUUAAAACACUGCAUGACCUCAGUGUCUCUCUCUCUAACCUUUUUCUUGUUGUUUUCCUGGAUGUAUGCGCUUUAGUAAGAUGACCGGCAUUGUAAAAAAAGGUGCGCCUGCUUUGCAAUAACAAUUUUAAAAAUGGCGUCUCGCGCGCGUUCUUAUUAGUUUUAAAAUACGGCUAAGCAGCAUGAGAGAAGGGCGUGUGUGGUCCUACAUCUAAACACACAUCGAGCACUCUAUUCAUCCUCAGUAUUCACUUGUAUCACUAGCAUUCACAAGUUCAAUAUUGCACAGGGCAUUGAAAACGGGGCAGUGGAUAUCGUGUUAAGGAAAUAGACGGAUAUGAUAGGGGGAGUUUUCCUUCGAAUGAGCGCAGUAACAUACGAUGAGUCUAAGCCCACAACUCUAACAAAUGUCAAAUGUCAUGAGUAAUAAAUAGUCCAGAGCGGGAACACCCUUUAAAUUACAUAGGACGUUGUUAUUCAUAGCAAAAGACGAAGUAUUGUUCAGACGAAAACAACGAAAUAGAGCAUGUGGGAUAUAUUUAUUCGAAAUCAAUUUAUUAACAAGCCAACAGACAGAAAAACUAACAAAAAUACAAAACAAAUAAAAGAAACACGGCUUCCCGCUUGAAUUUGUCAAACUUAUUGUGUACAGCAGAAAAAAAAACAAAAAAAAUAACACCAAGGGAUGUGAUUUUUGGAGAACGUGUCCGAGGUCGAGUGUAUCGUCAUGGUGGGAUAUUUUCUUGCAUUACGCUAAGUUGGGUGCUGGCUGCUGAUUGGGCACACGCUGAGUCUGGAGCCGAACGAUGAAACGAGAACAGCUUAGAUCUCGCUUCUGCUGAACAAUUUCCUUCCCCAAUGUGAUCUGGUACUGUAGCAACAUAAUUGUGAGGUGAAAUAAACUUUGAUUAAAAACAAUAGAAGUUUGUCUUGUUACCCAGUGAACCACAAAUAUCCAUUGGAUGUACCACAAAAGACCAAAUAUCCAAGACAUUUAACGACGUCCAGUUUACAUCUAUAGUAUGUUCGACUAGUACGUGGCAGUCAAGGGUCAUCCAGAGGACGUCGAAUGUCCUUAUGAUUUGGACAUCUCUUGCACAUUCAAAGCUCUCGUGCAUUGAUCAUACAUUGUGCGUUAUGAGUAGAUGCACGCACUAUGCCGCAGAAAUACAAGCAAAUUCUCUUUAAUGCCUAACAAUGGGAAGCUAGGAGAGCAAAAGCAUUUCAUUAAUUAUUUUGCAAUUUAGCACGACCUUUGCACGCACUGCUGGAGGUCUAGUAAUGUUUCUGCCGGACACCGCGCGCAAACGCCAAUACUUUCGCCAUUUUUUCACUAUGCUUUCGGUCUCGGUUGCGUCAUUUUCUUUCUCAUACAAAGAUGCUUUAUUUUUCAGUUAUAUAUACCAGUACACUGUUGAAAAUACGUAACCUUUAACUUGCUGAUGUAUUACGACAGUUUAUAAAGAAAAAAAGAAGCUUGAACUAGCAAUAGCUUUGACUUCGCAUCGCUACUGAUAUCAAUUCAGCAACACGCGCCUCGAUGCAAGUGCGCAGCAAUGUUCCGGGCGCGAGCAGCGUGUGCUUUAUUUGUGUCUUUUCGACUUUUGUGCGGUUGACCAUGGCCCAAGUACGUAUAUACUAGGCAGAACUGUACAUUUGCGUGCUGAAAUUUAGAGCUGUGCUUCUGACUGCUAUUUGUGGUACAUUUGUUCGCCUUGCGGAGCGCUUACGGGAAUGUCCUGGAGGCAAUGUUUUGAUGGUUAAUUUUCGCACAUGUUUGUAUCGCUUGGUUUCCGGCGUUCCUCUUCAAGUGUCGGGGAUAUUUCUCAUUUGCAAUGCCUAUAUCUAAGUCCCUGGCAGCAUUAUGUUAUUGGCACUUUUGUGAUCUAGAAGCUGCCUGACCAAGUUGCCUAUCAAGAUGAACAUUCCAUCUCUGGAUUGUGCUUGCGUGGAAUUUAUCUUACCAUAUAUUUUUCAAUGCAGCUAGAAAGUACUGGCUUUCUAUCUUGAAUACGUUGGCCCCAGAAGCAGGUGCUGGCAAGCAGACCAUGCACUUUUGGUCAUUAAUUAGUAUGUGAUACUUCCUCUUACUAAUCAGUUUUAUUUUUUAAUUAUAAUUGUGGCACUGUGCCUACUAGUCAUUUUGGGCCUACUCGUUACUUGUGUUUUAAUGAAGUUUAAUUUUCAAGAAUCUGUUUUUAAUUACGUUUUUUUUAGUUCCACGUUUAACCUGUUUGUAUACAGCGAGAACAUAUGUAAUGAAUAAUUUCAUACAUGGGGGCCGAUCAUUUUUGUAAUAAAGCUUUAUCAGUUGUAUAAAUAAAAAAGUAACAUUGGUAUGACAUUGUGAGUUUCACUGGUGUUCUUUACCUAGUGCUUACUGAACUCACUAUUUUUCAUUUAUCCAUUGCAGGAUUUGUAAUGAUGCAUAAUGAUCAAAAUGCGGAUUUACGGUUUUGUUAGCACAGUUUUCGCAUUUUGAUGAGCGCUAGAACUAUAGAUAAAAGUUGACAGUCACUUUAGCGAACACUGAAGAGGAUGAAGGCACGCACUGCCUCACGCAAGCCUGCGCACUCACGAAGCAUUAAUUAAAAUAUUUGUCAUUUUCAUUCGCA